AAACAUUCUUAUCCAACCAAAACUACCUAAAAGUUUUGACAAAAAUCUACCUAAAAGUUUUGACAAAAAUCUCUAUAUGAAAAUAUAACUGUCACAAGCAUCUUCAUUGUUUCUGAUUAGCACAAGUUGUCUGAGAUCGAAUAGGCACUAUGGGAUUACUUGGAGGCUCAUCAGGUUCUGAAGAUGACGAAGAGAGAAGAUCAGGAUCAGAAGGAUCAGAAAGAGCAGAAGGAUCAGAAAGAUCAGAAGGACCAGGAUCAGAAGAUGAAGAUGAAGAGGAGGAAGAUGAAGACGAAGACGAAGACGAAGAUGAAGAGGAGGAAGAUGAAGACGAAGACGAAGAUGAAGAGGAGGAAGAUGAAGACGAAGACGAAGAUGAAGAUGAGAAAGACUCUGACGGUGAAGAAGAGGAAGAUGGGAAAGGAAAGAAGAAGAAGAAGAAGAAGGGAAUGAGAUCUAGGCUCAUGUCAAAGGCAAAAAAAUCAGUUUUUAAGAAAGUCAUUGGCUUGUAAAAGUUAUAGGUUAGUCCAUUUGAACCUCAAUGACUCGGUACAUAUUCAGAAUAAAUUGUAUCCAAAGUACAUGUUGUAACA